UCAUAUCAUAUGUAAACAGCACUGACUGUCAAGAAUAUUUGCCACCUUGUGUGUUCUUUGUUUUCUUUCUUUGUAAAGCUGAAAAAUUGAAACACCAGCUAUGAACUCAACCGCGAAAACCCUAAUCAUUCAAUCUUUUCCUUUUUCCUUCGUUUUAUUCAUCAACCCAAAAUUGAAUCCUAAUCAUGGAAUACCCAUAUCGUUGCUUCUUCACUACUUCGGCGGUUCUCAACAAAAUUCACUCUUUCAUUUUUCUCAUCGCUAGACUUUUAUUUAAUUUGUAGGAUGCACAAAAGGCCCAAGGGGAAGUUCACCAGCCACGGUGGCUUGAGGAUUUUUUGGGGCAAGAGUUCUCUGACUCUUGUCCUGCUCAUUUGAAACAGAAGAAUAUAUACUACUGCAUAAAUUGCAAAGUAUCUGCUUGUCAGCAUUGUAUGUCAUCAGGACCUCAUGAAGAUCACCAGAUACUGCAAAUCCGUAAAUAUGUUUACAGGCAUGCUGUACACCUGACUGAUAUGCAGCCAUAUAUCAACUGCUCCCAGAUCCAGUCUUUCAAAUCGAACAAGCAACUGGUUCUGAUUUGUCAUCCGCGUUGUGGAUCAACAUUGGAUGAUGCAACAUCAUGCAACAAUGGGAGCAUAAAAUCAAAAGAAGCAAAAGGCUAUCAGUACUGCUCCAUAACUUGCAUGGUGAAAGCUGCAAGGAAGUCUUCAAUUCCUCCCAACGUUUCCAUCCAGGCUCCGCCUCCUCAGGAAUCACUGGUAGAAAUUUCCAAGCCCUCUAAGCGGAAGAGGAAAAGAAAAGGAACUCCACACAGAGCUCCGUUAUUCUAAUCAAAGCAAGUUUAGGGAUAAUUUUUCUUACAGUUGUAGAAAUUGUAGGGUGAUAGUUAUAUAGACAUGCUUUCUCAUAAUUUUGUUUCAUCAUAUUGUUCAAAUCAUUUAAUUGAUUUUUUACUUGAAAGAGAUUGAGUUAGUGGAGGUUGGAAUAAUUAGAGAAGUAAUAUGCAUGUUGCUCAUAGACAUAAUAAAAGGAAAAAUAUAUUGUCAUUAGGGAUUGAAUCAGGUUCUUUGGUUAUAGGAUGGUGUAUAUCCUUGAAUUUUUGCAGCAUUCUAUUUUAUAUUUUGGGUUAUUUCCAUUUCUCUCUAGUAAAAUAUCAAUUCUUAACAGGAAUUGAAACUAUGUUCUUGGGAGUUGUGGGGGAUUAUUUCUGAAAAAUUUCCAACAUUUUAUGAUAGGAAGCA